AUGCGGGACGAGGUGGUAUUCCAACUGCCACGACACUGCCACAAGAAGACGAGAUGUCUCGGUACUCGCGCUCGGACCGUGGAGGCUACGGCUACGAUGUCGACAGGGGCCACUCAAGAGGCAGCAGACACGCGCACAGCUCUCGUCGGAGCCGCCGCUCCCCCAGUGAGUCUUCCUGGUCCCGCAAUGUUCGUCAGCGCCGCUCGUAUCACGACCGUCGCAGCCGAUCGCCAAGCCCUGUGUUUACACGACGAUACGAAAACCAGUACGAUUCUGGCUGGAACGCCGCCCCGAGCUACGAUUCGCGUGGGCAUCGUGGGAGUAGCCCGAGUCCGGAGCGGAGGAGUCAUGGCAGCGGCGGCGAUCGAUGCUACGAUGACAACUACUAUGGCUAUGAAUACGACGACUGCCGGUAUGAUGAUCAGAGACGACGAUCGUGUCGAAGCCGCUCGCGCCCCCGCCACCACGCAGAGCAGUCGACUCGUCAUGAGCGUCGCAGUCAUUCGCGCGACCGGGUGA